CGGAAUGAAGCUUGAUGCGUCCAAGCUGCCUGCCUUGCUGCAGCAGCACAUUCCAAAAUGGAAGGUGCUGAGCGAGCCGACGCGGCUGCAGCGAUCGUACGCAUUCAAAGACUUCAACGAGGUGAGCCGACCGCAGCAGCAUGCACAGCGAGCGGGACUUCCAUUUGCAAGAGAUCUGAGACUCAUCCGGCAUUCAUGACAUGAAUCACAUGUGUGUGCGUCGGUUCUCUGCUCGUGUGAUGUCUGACUGCCGGUGCGGUGCAGGCGUGGGGCUUCAUGUCGCGUGUGGCGCUUCACGCUGAGAAGGCCGACCACCACCCCAACUGGUACAACGUAUACAACCGCGUGGAUGUGGAACUGUCGACGCACGAUGCGGGCGGCGUCACACAGAAGGACAUCGACCUCGCCACCAAGAUGGAGAAAAUCGCACAUGACAUGGGGCAGGACAAGUGAAUGAC